CCUUACAUGCCAAUUGUGCAUAGAACUUUUGGAGUCGGCCAAUCUGAAACUUUGUAUAUGUCUAUGAUUCAAAAUAUAAAAGUUUUUAUUGCUGAAAUAAUGGCUAGAAGUUGUGGAUUCGGGCACACAGAUUAUGAUUUACAAUAUUUUGGACAACUUUUUAAUGAUCUAGAAUUUAUGAAAAAUUUAUUCAGAACAUAUAAAAAGGAUGAAGAUAUUAUUAAAGAUUUCAUAAAGUCCUUUGAAUAUGAUAUAAAUGGAACAUAUACUGUAAAACAAAAGAAAAAUCAACGUUAUAAAAAUUAUGCAACAAAUUUGCUUCUAUCAUUUAAAAAAAUUAAUAAUGAAAAUGAAAGAAAAGAGUUCUUCAUUAAUGCAAAGUUUCCGAUUUCUACUUUGUAUAACCAAGAUAUAGAUCCAAUUAUUAAUGAAUUUUUUAAAAAAAAGGUGUUUUGUGUAAUUGCCUGA